CACAGUUUUGUUAUUUUGGUGCUUAGUCCACUUUUCCAAUUCACUAACAAACAGCUCAACAAAGCACUACUUUCGGUUCAGAUCCCGACUUUUACUUAGAUCGGCUCAGAGCGCGAGACGUUUUUUUUUUUUUUUUUUGAUUCUGCUGUCAUAUGCUCACACGACAUGGCCAUCCGUCGGCAGCCGGAUCCGCCUUCGGUCCGCCAUCCCCGACAUUCUCAUCUGAGAGUGUGAGCUACAGCAGUAGCAGUAGCAGUAGCAGUGGAAGUGGCAGUGGAAGUGGCCGAAGUCGAAGCGGUUCAGCUGCUGCUGCCUCAGAUCAACCGGGUGUCCAUCACCAUCACCAUCACCAACACCACCACCAACACCACCACCAAAGUCACUCAUAUCAGCAACAGCAACAGCAGCAACAACAGCAUCAGCAACAACACUUGCUGUCGCAACGGCAGCGCGUCCUCACUUCACCGCCCUCCUCGUCAUCCUCGUCAGCAUCCCCAUCACCACCAUCGUCACCGUCAUGGCAGUCUCCCACCACCUUCAGUACAACCACCAACAACAGCAACAACAAUGGAAGGCAGGAGGACGGCAAGCGACGCGCACUCGCCUCAUCCGCAGCCAACAACAACUCAGCAUCAUCAUCAGCUGCCUCGUCCGUCUCGUCGGCCACAGUCGCACGGCAGGGCCUCCGCUGGAUGGCCGACGUGUUCCGCACAGCGAGCCAGCUGUUCUGGGACUUUGGCGUGCCGCGACCGGUGCCGCAGCCGCACGUCAAGCGCAAGACACUCGUGCUCGAUCUCGACGAGACGCUGAUUCACAGCACGCUCGAGCCCGGCGGUCCGCGGGUGCACGACAUGCAGAUUGACGUGCACAUCGAAAAGCUCGUCUACGUGUUCUACGUGUACAAGCGGCCGUACGUCGACCUGUUCCUCAAGCAGACGAGCCACUGGUACGAUCUGGUCAUCUUCACGGCCAGCUUGCACCAGUACGGCCACCCCGUCAUUGACUCGCUCGACCUCGGGCGCGGAUUGUUCCGGCACCGGCUCUUCCGCGAAUCAUGCGUGCAGGAGAAUGGCAACUUUAUGAAGGACCUCACGCUGGUGGAGCCGGAUCUCGCACGAGUCUGCCUCAUUGAUAAUUCGCCUGGCGCAUAUGCCAUACAACCAGAGAACGGGAUUCCCAUCGAAACUUGGUAUAGCGACCCCAAGGACCAGGCGCUACUCGACCUACUCCCGUUCUUGAAUGCAUUGAGAUUCACCAACGACGUUCGCUCUAUUCUUUCAAUCCGCUUGCCAUAAGAACCCCUCGCGCGCGCGCGUGCGUGUGUGUGAAUGUGUGUAUUCCCUUUGUUAUUCAUUCCUUAAAAGCAUCG